GUAACCGGUGCAUGCGGCGCCUGCUCUUCGUGUGAUAUGAGCUGAUGGAGCUGGGUUUGAGAGGACCGGUGGAACAGACACAGGGAUUAUUAUUCUAGCCAGAGGGGCAAAGGUUUAAUACUUCCUGGAUUAACUCUGCCGUAAUCGGCACAGGCUACAGUGAACGAGGCUAUAUAUCAAGAUUUAGCAGUUUUUAUUUACCUCAAUCCAUAAAUCCUCAAAGUGGUCUUUGCUGAAGAAGUAGGCUACCUGUAUUUUGGGAGGUAGGAUGCAGUUAUUCUACCUAAUACAGCUCUGCCUGCUCUGACUCUCGAGGACAAAUCUGCCCCGUAUUCACCGAGAACUGUUUCAUAUGGGCGAAGCGAGGAGUCGGUUCCCUUCGUGUUGGACAUGGGCUCGCUGUCAAGAUAACGGGGUGUCCGAUCCAGAGCAGGAGAAACGAUGGGCCGAGCUGUUCGAUCAACUGGAUCUAAAUAAAGAUGGCAGGGUCGAUGUGAAUGAGCUGCGCACCGGAUUGACCGCCUGGGGGAUCGUUCGCAGUGAGGUGGACGAGAUUGUACGUGUGAGUGACACCAAUCAUGACGGCCAGCUGGACUUUAAGGAGUUCACACAGUAUCUGCGCACACACGAGAAAGAGCUCAGACUCAUGUUCCGCAGCCUGGACCGCAACAACGAUGGUCACAUAGAUGUUGGAGAAAUUCAGCUCUCCUUGCGCAGCCUUGGAGUGAAUGUAUCCACAGAGCAAGCCUCCAGAAUCCUGCAGAGCAUAGACAGAGAUGGCACUAUGACCAUUGACUGGAACGAGUGGCGGGACCACUUCCUGUUUAACCCCUUGCACAACAUGGAGGACAUCGCCCACUACUGGAAACACUCUCUGAUGUUGGACAUUGGAGAGCAACUGACUGUGCCGGAUGAGUUCUCAGAGAAAGAGCGGCGUUCAGGUGUGGUGUGGAGACAGCUAGUGGCCGGGGCAAUGGCAGGAGCCGUAUCGCGAACGGGAACUGCUCCUCUCGACCGUCUUAAAGUUUUCCUUCAGGUCCAUGGCUCCAGUGGUGUGAGUUUGUUUGGUGGCUUGCGGGGAAUGGUGCAGGAAGGAGGAUUGAGGUCCCUUUGGAGAGGCAACGGCAUCAAUGUCCUCAAAAUUGCGCCGGAGUCAGCUAUCAAAUUCAUGGCAUAUGAGCAGAUCAAAUGGCUGAUCAGAGGCAGUAAGGAGGGUGGCUCUCUAAGAGUUCAGGAACGCUUCAUUGCUGGAUCACUGGCAGGAGCUACAGCUCAGACUAUCAUCUACCCCAUGGAGGUGUUGAAGACGCGUCUGACCCUGCGGAAGACAGGACAAUAUUCUGGCAUGGCAGACUGUGCCAAACAGAUACUGCGUAAAGAAGGAGUGCGCACGUUCUACAAAGGCUAUGUGCCCAACACACUUGGCAUCAUCCCGUAUGCUGGCAUCGAUCUGGCUGUGUAUGAGACUCUAAAGAACGCUUGGCUACAGAGGUACUGCAUGGGCUCGGCUGAUCCUGGCGUCCUGGUGCUUCUUGGAUGUGGCACUGUGUCCAGCACAUGUGGGCAGCUGGCUAGUUACCCGCUGGCUUUAAUCCGCACACGCAUGCAGGCUCAGGCCUCAGCAGAUGGCGCACCUCAGCUGUCAAUGGUUGGCCAGUUCAAGCACAUUGUGUCCCAUGAAGGCGUUUCUGGACUUUACCGUGGCAUUGCCCCCAAUUUCCUCAAAGUCAUUCCUGCAGUUAGCAUCUCUUAUGUGGUUUAUGAGCAUAUGAAGAAAGCGCUGGGAGUGGGAUCUUAAACUAAGACAGAAUCAGAGUGAAAAAGAAAGAGAGAACCUGUAUGAAAAAGAGGACGAUGAAACUUCUGAACCUCGUAAAAAGAGCCUUAGGGAGGCACAGAGGACCCCUAGAUAACAGAAUAAAGAAGACAUAGACAAUGAAUGACCUAAAAACCUCUACAUUGUACGCAAAUCACAUUCCCAUGGCAAUUUAUACUUUUAUAGGAUGGAAGGAUAAUGUUGGGCUGAGGUUGUGUUCAGAGUGUUUCUCUGUGACUGGCAGCUUGGAGAUCUCAGGUUUACUGAAUUACAUCUAUUUACCUGCAGUUUCACAUAAACAACUUAUCUGC